ACGCGGUCUUUUACAGUUUAUUCAACCCGAAAACCCAUUGCAUUAAGCUUUCUCUCUACAGAUAAAAAGUUCCAAAGUUCCAACUUCUUCUACCCUUAAACAACAACUAGUUUUGCCAAUGAUGGCUUUGAAGAGCUUUCCAAAACUUUCAAUUCUAACUGUUAUUGUAGCCUUAGUACUAUCCCAUAACCUGUAUGAAGCCUCAGGCUCAGCUGCUUCUGGCGGUCGGAUGGGCGGCUCUUCUUUCUCUUCAGAGAGGUCACCUUCUUCAAGCAGGCAUCACCAUCAUUAUUAUCAUCAUUCGUCUGGAGUUUAUAGCUACAAUUCCCAGCCUAGUUUUUCUGGGAACGCCAAUCAAGAGAAUGGUUAUUCGGCGGCUGUUGCUUUUUUAAUAGUAACGAUAUUUGUGGGAGCAGCUUCACUCUUGGUCAACCAUGAAGGUAGAAUAAGUAUUCUACAAAUUCAGGUUGGCUUAUCUGCAAAAGCUCAUUCGUUGCAAAGAGAACUGACUGAAAUUGCCUUGACAACAGACACUUCUACCGCAAAUGGCUGGAACAUCGUAUUGGAAGAAACAAUAUCAUCAUUGCUUCAUCACCAAAACUGCUACAUUUAUAGCUAUUCAUCUGUAACUCGUCAUUGGACUAUCGGAGGUGCUGAAUGGCACUUUAAACGACUUUCCAAGGAAGAACGAGAAAAAUUUGAUGUACAGUCACUGGUAAACAUCAACAAUACUAAAAGGCAAAGAGCAGUUGUUCCAAAAGCUGACAAAGUUAACAAGGACUGCAUAGUGGUGACAGUUCUGGUGGCUGCUCAAGGUGCACACAGCCUGCCUACUAUCUGGACUACUGACGAUAUGAAGGAGGCCUUGCAAUCUAUGGCAGAAAUCUGCUCUAGCAAACUCAAGGCUGUAGAGGUGCUCUGGAGCCCACAAGAUGAAACUGAUUCUUUGUCAGUUGAAGAAUUGCUUGAAAAUUACCCGCAGUUAAGGCGACUAUGAUGACUGCUACAAAUUUCGCCUGUGAAGAUGUAGUUUGAUACAUACUAAUUUCAAAUUCUAUAUACAAGUCAAUGCUUUCCUUGUAAAUUUUUCUUCCAAAAAUGUUGGUGUUGAUAGCUUAAUUUGCCUUGUUAUUCGGAGCUUUUUUGAUGUAACCAACGAAAGUACACAACAUAUAUAACCCUGAUUAGGUGUUAAACUUUAUGGUGAAAGAUUUUGUUUAUGAUGAAAAGAAGAAGAAAAAAGAAAACUGUAAAUCCAAGUAUUUUAUCGUUGAUCAAUAACGACAUUGAUAUCUUUAUGAUCCCAUAUAGAUGCUUGUACCAA